AUAGGAAAUUGGGAAAUUAGGAACGACUGCAUGUUAAAAUGUUUGUGGAACUGUUGGUGCUGUUGCUUACUGUGGCCCUGGUGUGGGACUACCUGGUCGGCCGGAAACACAAAAGAUUAUUUGACCGGGCAGGAAUCACUGGACCCAAAGCAUGGCCGCUUGUGGGUAAUGCCCCGUUGAUGAUCAAUGAGUCGCCCAAAACUGUGUUCGACUUGCAGUGGCGCCUAAUCCAAACCCAUGGCAAGAAUGUGCGAUGUCAGAUUCUUCAAGACCGCGGCUUCAUGACGGCGGACCCCAAAAUGAUUGAGGCGAUCAUGAGCAGCCAGCAGACCAUACAGAAGAACAACCUAUACGGCCUGCUGGUCAACUGGCUGGGCGAUGGCCUUCUGCUGAGCAAGGGAAAGAAGUGGUUCCGUAGGCGCAAGAUCAUCACGCCUGCGUUCCACUUCAAGAUCCUCGAGCAGUUUGUGGAGGUGUUUGACCAGCAGAGUGCCAUCAUGGCUAAGAAUCUGUACGACCGGGCAGAUGGCAAAACCGUGAUCAACAUGUUCCCCGUAGCCUGCCUUUGCGCCAUGGACAUCAUCGCCGAGACGGCCAUGGGCGUCAAGAUAAAUGCCCAGUUGCAACCCAACUUUCCCUAUGUCCAGUCGGUAAAAACGGCCUCUGGCAUGCUGGCCGAGCGUUUUGUGAAUCCCGCCCAGCGUUUGGACAUCUCCAUGCGUCUGUUCUUUCCCUCCGCCUUUGCCAAGCUGAGUGCGAACAUAAAGGCCAUGCAGGACUUCACCAACAACGUGAUCAGCGAGCGUCGUGACCUCUUGCAGAAGUCCAUCUCAGAUGGCACGUACGAGACAACCAACGCAUCGCCCCUGGACGAUGUGGGUCAGAAACGUCGCAUGGCCCUGUUAGAUGUGCUCCUACAGUCUUCCAUUGACGGGGCUCCACUCAGCAAUGAGGACAUACGAGAGGAGGUAGAUACCUUCAUGUUUGAGGGCCACGACACCACCACCAGUAGCAUUGCCUUCACCUGCUAUCUGCUGGCCCGGCAUCCAGAGGUGCAGGCUCGAGUCUUUCAGGAGGUGCGUGAUGUGCUCGGCGACGAGAAGGACGCCCCCGUGAACAUCCAGCUGCUAGGCGAGCUCAAGUAUCUGGAGUGUGUGAUCAAGGAGUCAUUGCGACUGUUCCCUUCGGUACCGAUAAUCGGACGCCACAUUGUCGAGGACACACUGCUGGACGGCAAACUCAUACCCGCCAAGACCGAUGUUAUGAUACUCAUCUACCAUUCCCAGCGCGAUCCGGACUACUUCCCCGAGCCGAAUAAAUUCGUGCCGGAACGGUUCAGUCCGGAGCGCAAGGGCGAAAUCAAUCCAUUCGCCUACACGCCGUUCUCUGCGGGACCACGCAACUGCAUUGGCCAGAAGUUUGCAAUGCUGGAGAUGAAAAGCACCAUCAGCAAGAUGGUGAGGCACUUUGAACUGCUGCCCCUAGGUGAGGACGUCCAGCUAGUGCUGAACCUCAUCCUCCGCUCCACCACCGGUAUCAAUGUGGGUCUCAAACCGCGCGUCUAUUGAGUUUUCUCUGGAAGUUUCCCGUUUCUUGUUGCCUGCGUGGCUUUAUUUUUAUUUUAUUAC